AUGUCUAUGUCACAGGCACUGCGGAACUGUAUCAGCUGUAAGGAACGCAAGGUUCACUGUGACCGUCGCCGUCCGUGCUGCCAAUGCAUCAAAGUCAAUCAGGAAUGCAUCUUUCCCACCACUGGUAGAAUAUUACGGCAAUCCCCGCGAGUGAGGCUGAAUCGGCCAGCUCCUGCUGAAACACGAAGUGACUUAAUGGAACGUGUACAUCAACUAGAGAGCAUAGUCAACCUCCUACACACCAGGGCCAGAAAUAGCCAAAGUCAAAAGCAUCAAGGACCUGUGGAUAUCUCCCGCUCCGACGAGUUAAACGAAGACAAGGACGGUCCCUAUACUACCGACCUCCCUAUUGAGCCCGGGCUCUCUGGCCAUGAGUCCUCCACCAACCUGUCAGCCCUGGGCGUUAUGGUUGGCGAAGAACAAGGAAAGCUCUACGUAGGGGAUCCCUUCUGGGCAAGCCUACAACACGAGACCAACGAGGAGGAAGAUAACGACCCCGGUGUUGCUCCUCUUGAAGGCUUUCCACCCUCACACAGAAACAUCGCAACUAGUUCGUCCAGCUUUAUCUUUUGUAACCGCCCCAUGGAUGGGCCAGGAGUCGAGACAUUUCGCCCUUUGGCUUCCCAGGUGCUCUUUAUCUGGCAGACCUACGUAGAGAAUGUGGACCCAUUUUUCAAGAUUGUCCAUGUUCCAACUGUUUCUAAAAUGGUUCAACACUCUGGUGGAAAUUUCGACCUUCUACCGUCCUUUAUGGAGCCCCUGAUGUUUUCCAUUGCAUUUGCCGCCAUUGCUUCUUUGACAGGUGAAGAGGUACAAAUCUACUUCCGCUGUGACAAGAACGACCUUAUGUCUCGUUUUCGCUCGGGUACAGAGAAUGCUCUUUCACGAGCCGACUUCAUUAACACACGGCAGCUAUCUGUUGUUCAAGCAAUUCUACUAUACACGCUUGUGGUCCGCUUGGAGGAGUCGCAAAGAUAUGCAGAAAUACGUCGACGUGUGUGGUGCUAUAUAAAUAUACUCAAUUUCUCUUCCGGGGACGCACAGGUAGCAGAGACACCGAUAUCUGGCUCCAUCUUCAACACGCAGCCACCAUCGAACCUGAACGACACUGACAUCUACCUGGCAAUGUCACACUUGCCCAAAGCUAGGAGCGGACACACAGACAUGACAAUCUGCCUUUUGAGGCAGCCCGAUGCCGAAACUCUUGAAAAGCUUGAUCAACUUUCAAAAUUCAUUCGAGAUGAAUUGGAGGAGUUUAUUAUACCAGUACCAUCCCACCAACCGGCGUACCGCUUCACGCGAAAGUUGGUGGUGCUUUCAGUGAAGCGAUAUGAGCUCAUCUUACAUCAUAUCCGUCAACCAUCUUUGCGCCCUAAGCAAGGCAGCUUAGAGACAGACAAAGCAUUUCUCUUGUCGGUCGAAGUACUUGACUAUAUGAACGAGAUGCUAACUGCAAGCUGGGCCCGGCUAUCUCUCGCCCAAUUUGAUACGAUGGCAGAGCAUGCAUGGAGCGUGGUGACAAGGGCUAUUAAUCUACUUCCGAGAUUUAUUACAAAAGAACCGCUCUUCAAACCAUUGCGCAACCUUAUUCGAUGUGUCAAGCAGAGGCGCUUACAGCAACUUGAAAACCAGUCACUCACCGCGGGUAGGGCUUUGCAAGACCCAGUUGCCGGCACACAUCUUGCCUGUUCUUCAAGAACAGUUCCAAGUGAUCUAGAUCAUGCCAACGAUUUAGAUACGAGCAUCAGAAACGAGACAAUGAGUUCGACUAUCCCCCGAGGCAAUGGAUACUUGCAAGAGGCUUUGAAGGAAACAGAUUGGCAUGAUCAGGGUACCGCCGGAGCUCCUUAUCAAUAA